UGUUUUUCUCGACAGAUUGUUGACUUUACAAGCAGAUCAUCGACCAAACUUCCAAUCCUGACUGUGUAUUUGGCCUCUCAGAAGACGUACAUCGUCAACUCACCAGAACUUAUUGCCUUGAUAUCUCGUCGCUCUAAAGAGGUUGAUGGCAAUGUUCCCUUCGUCACCAUCGUCUAUGGGAAACUAUUUGCUUUUUCUCAGACCGACAUCUCGGAGUUGCUGAGAAACCCGUUGCAAAAAGGUUCGCUAAGACAGGAAGCCCACGUAAUGGAGCAUUCACUUCUCUCUCCGGGUUCUCUCUCUCUGAAGGAGGUUUACGACGAGAUUUUCAACGGCCUAGCAAACCAUGUCAACAGCAUCAGCGAAGGUCCAAGAACCAUUGCUCUCCAGAGUUGGCUCCAAGAGAUCUUCGCACUGUCGACUGCAAAGGCCCUUCACGGACCAGACGGCCCUUUUGCUAACAACAAAGAGUUGCUGCAGGCAUUUUGGGACUUUGAGAAUGGCCUCAAGGCUUUGACGAUGGGUGUUUUUCCCACCAUCACGGCUACGAAACCAGCAGCGGCACGUCAAAAAAUCGUCGAUGCUUUUUUGGAAUACUUUGGCGACUCAUUUCCCGAAGAUACUGCAUCUGAAUUGAUUCGGCGUACACGCAGGCUUGCACUGGACCACAGUAGAGGGACUGAGUUCAUUGCUCGCUAUGGUCUUGGCCUCAUGACCGGAUUCCUGAUCAACACAGUCCCUGCUGUCUUUUGGAUCAUCUUGCGUAUUGCCAGAGAUAAAGAACUGCUGAAAAAGGUUCGCCUGGAGCUUUCUCUGAUCAUUCAGCCAUGCGCACAUGAUGAGGAAUUCUCCACACUUGAUGUCGCCGCUAUUCGUAAACGCUGCCCGCUUCUCAUGUCCAUUUGCCAUGAGACUCUGCGAUGCAUCAGUUCUUCGACUGGCACCUUUCUGGUUCACCAGGAUGUUGAAAUAGGCGACGAAUAUGUCCUGAAGAAAGGAGCCAUAGUCCAAAUGGCAGCAACGGCGAUUCACUCGAAUCCAGAUGUUUGGGGUGCUGAUGCCGGCGCAUUCGAGCCGGGAAGGUUCUUGAGGCCGAGCAAGGUACACCCAGCAGCAAACCGGACAUUUGGAGGAGGCAGCACUUUGUGCCCCGGAAGGCACCUUGCAGUGGACGAGAUGAUUACAUUCACGGCGAUGUUUCUCUCUACGUUUGACGUAACUUUCCCUGAUGGCGCAGAUGGUCUACCCAAAGAGGACGAUACGAAUAUGCUGUCGGUGAAAAAGCCUAAUUCGGAUGUAUUGGUGGAAAUCCGAACACGGCCGGAGACCAAGCAUCGGAAAUGGUGCUUUUCCACUGAGACAUUGAAAGCGUAG